AUGCCCGAAAUGUCCAUCAUAGACGACAAAUCACAGCACUGUAUCCCCUUCCUACUCGACCGUCUACGCGUCCACACCGAACGGCACCGCGGCACAGCUACCCCGCCAUUCUUCAUAGGUCUCAAUGGCGUACAGGGAGCCGGCAAAACAGUCCUAGUGUCCGCGCUCAAUGACACGCUCCGCUCAGCGCCAUACUCGCUCGCUGUCGUGACGUUGUCACUGGACGACAUCUACCUCACACACGCCGACCAGGUUGCUCUUGCGCAGGCGCAUCCGUCGAACCCGCUUUUGCAGCAUCGGGGUCAGCCCUCAACACACGACCUGGGGUUGGGCGAGGAGGUCUUUGCGUCGUUGGCGGCGGAGAAGUCCACGGCGAUCCCGGCGUACGACAAGUCUGCGUUUGAAGGUCAGGGAGAUCGCGUUCCCAAGGAACAAUGGAAAGUGGUCAAUGAAGAAGGCCAGGAGAAGGUAAAGGUCGUCAUUUUCGAGGGUUGGUGUGUUGGAUUCCGGGCGUGGGAUGAUCAAACCUUGCGCGCAAAAUGGGAGGACGCUGUGCGGCAGAGGGAGUCGGGCCAUUAUGAUGGGAGACUGGGUCAUGUCCAAUUUGAGGAUGUGAAGGCUGUCAACGAUGCCUUGAAAAGAUAUGAUAUCUUGACCGACAAAUUGGAUGCAUUGAUCCAUAUUGAUGCUGAAAGCCCCCAUUUCGUGUACGAGUGGCGCCAGGAACAGGAGCGCACUCUCCGUGCUGCCAAGGGCACUGGGAUGACUGAGGAGCAAGUCAACCACUUUGUGGACGGUUAUUAUCCAUCAUAUGAACUCUUCACUGAGACUCUCCGUGAGGGCGCGUUCAAGCCUGCAUCGCCUACUUCUGCUUCAAACUCUGAUUGGAAAGGUAGACAGCUUCGUCUUGUUGUUGACCGGAAUAGGAGAGUGCAAGAGGUUAUCAAGAUCUGA